CUGCCCUGGCCCAGCCCGGGCCCUGGGAGCCAAAGAAUUGGGUGCUAAAGAGUCAGGUCUUUUAGCAGUCUGGGGGGUUGGGAGUGGAGGUCAGAGCCAAGGUCAAGGGCAGGGAGAGACCUUUCAUGGUGCUUCCUGCUGCCCCAGGAGCCCUAGACUGGGUCUGCCGCCCAACCAGGCAUCUCCCUCUAGGGAACAUCCUGGUCCUGGCAAGUGGAGAGCAGAGAACUCCCCUUACCAGGAAGUCAGGCCACUUGGAUGAGGGCAGGGGUGGGCCCAGGGCCGCAGAGGCCUCUGGCCCUGGGGACCUCUCUGACGCCCCCACCUACUCCCCAGCUGCGACCCCCUUGGGUAGCGGUCGAUGGAGUUGGGGGUGCAGUCAGCAUCUUCCGGUCCUGCUGUCCCAGGGGUGCCGGGUUUGCUGGGGGGUGCUGGGCGGGGGACCACGGAAGAGGGAAGGGCAUCUUUUUCCGGAAGGAGCAGCAGGGAUGGGGGUGUGCCAAGCAAAGGUCUGUUUCUUGCUGGCAGGCAGGGCUGAAGGAGGGGAGGGUCUGCCUUCUCCCUUCUUUCUUCGUCUCCCUGCCCCCAGUAAGUGGAGGCGUGGAGUGCUCUCCCCCACCCCUUCUUGAGACCUCUUGCCCUGGGGCACUUUUGAAAAUGGCCCCAGGCCAAAGGCAGGAAGAAGGUGGGGAGGGUACUCAGGUCCUCCCUGAGAGAAGGCAGUGGCUGUGCUUGGUCCCUGGUCCCCGGUGGGAGGAGGGGUACUUCCCCAAAAGGCUGAUGGAGGCCGCUUUGGGAGGGGUGGGUAUGAAGGGGUGCAAAUUGAAAGUGAAACAGUUCACGUCCAGGAAAUACUCCCUCUGUCGAGGGUUCACAGAGCAGAUCGGGGCUGUGGCCAGGACCGAGCAAAGAGGAAAACGGGCUGGGGACAGGAGACCAGGCUAACCCUGUCCUCCACUGGGACCUGAGAAAUGGCAUCCGGGCAAGGCCCAGGUCCUCCCAGGCAGGGGUGUGGAGAGCCGGCCCCAUCUUCUACUUCUGAGGAGCAGGUAGCCCGGGACACUGAGGAGGUUUUCCGCAGCUAUGUUUUUUACCGCCAUCGGCAGGAGCAGGAGGCUGAGGGGGCGGCUGCGCCUGCUGACCCAGAAAUGGUCUCCUUGUCCCUAGAACCUAGCAGCACCAUGGGGCAGGUGGGUCGGCAGCUUGCCAUCAUCGGGGACGACAUCAACCAGCGCUACGACUCCGAGUUCCAGGCCAUGCUGCAGCACCUGCAGCCAACAGUGGAGAACGCCUAUGAGUAUUUCACCAAGAUUGCCUCGAGCCUGUUCGAGAGUGGCAUUAACUGGGGCCGCGUGGUGGCUCUCCUGGGUUUCGGCUACCGCCUGGCCCUCCACAUCUACCAGCGCGGCCUGACUGGCUUCCUGGGCCAGGUGACCCGCUUCGUGGCUGACUUCAUGCUGCAUCACUGCAUUGCCCGGUGGAUUGCACAGAGGGGCGGCUGGGUGGCAGCCCUGAACUUGGGAAAUGGCCCCAUCCUGAACGUGCUGAUAGUUCUGUCUGUGGUUCUGUUGGGCCAGUUUGUGGUACGAAGAUUCUUCAAAUCGUGACUCCCAGGGGGAGUCCAGGCACCCCUGCCUGGACUUCAGCCAAGCCUUCUCCCCUCAUCCCCUCCCCUGCAGGGCUCCCCCGCCCCCACUCAAGAAUACAGAAGCUUUAGCAAGUGGGGCACUCAGGCUUUAGGAGGGCCCCUGCCCAGGGGUCAGUCAGGCUGCCGGGGUGCCCCAACAUUGCAUGGUGCUAAUGACCCCCCUCUCUGGGGCCCAUCCUGUCAGAGAGGGGCUGUAGCCUUCUUCCUCAGCUCUCUGGGACUCCCUCAGCUGUGUCUCCUGGGUGCUGGGGAGAUUGACAACUUGGGGAAGCAAGAGGCUGAGAGUCACUUCCCUCCAAAUUUUUAAUGGUUAUAUCUUUUUAUAAUGCCCUUGGAAGGACUCUCCCCACCCCCCCAUUCCCACCACUCUGCCCAAGCGAGGAUGCCUGGGAUGUGGGGGUUCGUAGGUCACCCUGUGUGCCCCAGGACUCAGCUGUUCUAGAAGGUCAGAGUUUGAUUGCUGGGCCUGGAGCCCAGUCCUGGCCCUUCCUAAGCUCUCCCCCUGCUCCCACUCCCCCUACCCAUAUUGCCUUUGCAGUGGACUCUCAGGGAUUCUGGGCCUGGGUGUGGGAUGUGGAGGGAGUGGGGGUAUAGACCAGAGCUGUGAGAACUUCAUUGGCACCCCCCCAGCCUGCCUCCCGAGACCCUCAGUUCUCUCCCUUCUCCUCCCCUAUUACCACUUCAACCCAACCUGUUCACUACAAGUGAAGCCCACCCUGCCCCCAUCACUCCAGAUAAGGAAGGAGGGAUCUUGGGUAAGUGGAGACCUGAAGUCCCCUCCUUGCCCAGACUAGACUUUAGGACUUGUUUGUUAUUGUCAGGGAAAGGGGGUAAGGAGCUCAUCUUGAGGUUUCUGAGUGAGAAAAGAGCUGUUAAUGUCACUAGGAACCCCAGAGUUGGGAUCCUCCCUCAUGGCCUGGGCACAGUGUAAUCAGGGGGUGUGGAUGGGGAAACUGUGAAUACUUGAACUCUACCCUCCCCUACCCCCACUCUCCACACUCCUUGCCUGCCUAAUCCCCCCCUGUGGGUCAGGGUGGGAAGGCCUUGUCUAUCUUGCACAACCUAGAGGUUUGGAGGUAGGGAGAGGGAAGUUUUUGAUUAAACCAAAUGCAAGAAGGGGAUGCACAUGGAGCCCACUGGCCAGCCCUCACUGCUCUGAGUAAAUCUGAAAAUAAACUAUAAUCCCCUGAU